CAGAUAAAGAUGUCAAAAUCCUCUCAAGAUAACACCUUCAAAAAUCAGACUCCCCAAGCCGAAAUGACAUUGAAGAACGCAGGAGUCCCUUUGGAAACAGAACCAGAAGCACCUGCACCAGAUAUUCAGCCUGCCACCACCACCCAGCCAACACCUUUGGAGGAAGUGGAAUACAUAUAUGAUGUUGUCUCUGCCAUGAAGCAUGCCUUGAUUCAAGAUCAUAAUUCAGAGCUUUUUCUUGAAACACCCAACUUCAACAAAGUCCAUGAGGAAUAUAUCAAGGCCUUGGAGGUAUUUCUAGAGAGAGUAUCAGCAAUCAUCAAGGAGACUUUGGAAGCAGGGAAUCAUUUCAUCUAUGACAGUCUUGACAUCCCACAAAUCAGUUCCCCCAAACAAUGAUUCCAUCAUACUGAUCAACAGUCAACCCCACUUGCCAAGCCAAACACCAUUGAAAGAUAACCCAGCACCCAGAAUGUUCUUACUCCACUUAGACAGCA